AUGGAUAAAAAAAGAACAUUGGCCAUUUUCUUCUUGAUUUAUAGUCUAUGGACAGGGCAAGUUGAUGCGCAGGAUCCAAUAGAUCAAGCUUCAGAAAUUAUGACCUAUCUAGGCUGUUUGAUGACUAUUCUGAGUUUAAUGGCGACAAUUUUUACAUAUGCCAUACUUUGGAGUUACCUGAAGAGUAAGGUUACCAUCAUACGUCUCAAUUUGCAUAUAACACUCUUGCUGACUAAUAUUUGCAUCAUUAUUGGAGUUCGGCCUUUUAACGCAUUAGUAUCACAAAUCGAAUGUAUCAUUUUGGCCUGUUCUUCUCAAUAUCUUUUAUUAGCAUUCUUCAUCUGGAUGUUAUUGGAUAGUUUCGCAUUUUACUAUUCGGUUAUUGGGUCUUAUAUGAAAGUUCGCUUGUUAUGGUUAUAUGUUUUUGCCUACGGAUUUCCUGGUGCGAUCGUAGCCGCAACUCUUGGGAUAGUAGGCUAUGAUAAAUUUACGAGUACUGUUGGAUGCUGGCUAUCACAAAGGCAUUUGGCAGUUUUAGGAUUCCUUGCCCCUCUUUCUAUAAUCUUUAUCAUUAAUAUCGUAAUCAUCAUACUGACUUAUUAUCGAGCUAAAAAACUGGCUACCAAGGAUGGGAAUUUAUCCAAAGAUGGCAUGAGAGAAAUUGGUAUCACUUUACGCGAUACAGCCAUCUUGGUUUUUGUUUGCAAUAUCGGAUGGAUUUUAGGUAGUACUACUGAAAUUGUUCCAGAUCCUGCCGUAAUCAAUUAUAUUUUUAUGGUUUUUACUUCGUUGCAGGGAUUUUUCAUUUUAAUCGUUCAUUGCCUUAAAAACAACGAUAUCAGUAAUGCUUUUAAUAAGAAAUUUAGCAAGAAGGAACCAAUAAGUGUUGAAUUAUUAGAAAGACGGCGAUCUCAAGCUAUCGUUGAAUCCGUAGUAGAAUCAGCUCGCCCGUCAACUCCGGCACAAUUUGUUAGACACUUUAUACCCAGUAAUCAAAAUCAUGGAGAUCAAAUCAAAUUGCCUGCAUUAUCCAAAUCCUCCGUUCGUAAUACCAAAAUCAGCUCCAAUUUAGCAGUUAAUAAUAAUACUGCCAGAAGGAUGAGUGAUAUUGCAACGUUAUUUCAACGUGGAAAUAGAUCUGGGGACGCUAAGAAAAAAUUGGAUAGAGAACCUUAUGAUGAUUUAGACGAUGAUGAACUGGAUAAUAAUUUUUUCUCUGGUCCAGGCUUUCAAACUGAUCUAGAAAGUAAUAAGCAAGAACAAGAGAAACAAAAUUAUAAUCCCACUCAGAAACCAGUUAUCCGAUGCCAACCUUAUUCAUCUCAUGAUCAACAAAAACAUGCCUACACUAAUCCUAGUUUUCAGCCGGAUGAAGAGCAAAGUAAUAUCAAGAAGAAAAGUAAGAGAAUAUCUAUCCGAGCUCAAUCGCAACCUACGCCAUCAACAUCAUCAGUAUCAUCUGACGAAGAUGUUGAUAAAUUACCCUUUAAUAAAUUAACCGCAGCUAAUAGAAAUGCACUGGAAUUUCAAAAUGGUAAAUCUGAUCCAUCUGCUGUCAUUACUUCACCAGCAAUAACUAUUACUACUCCCAGUCCAACAACAACGAUAACAUCUUCAGUAAAUGCCGCAAGUCAAGCCAAAAAUGCUAAUCAUGUUAAAUUUGAUAAUCAUAUUUAUAAACUAGAAUUAGAGCAACGCUAUUCCCAUCAGUUAAAACAUAUUAUUUAUGAGGAUUCAGAAGGAGAAACUAGCGAUGGUAUUGCUUCACCAUAUUCGAUUGUUUCUACCGUAUCUAGUCUUGGUGAAAUAUCACAAAAUGAAAUCGAACCUCCUCGGUCACGAAUAAAAACAUUUUCGGGUGUUGUGGAUGUGUUUAAAAAGAAAGCGAGUGAUAAUGUACGAUGUCAAAGUAUGUCAAGUAAGAAAUCUACCUUUAAAAUUGGUAAAUUAAGGUCUUAA